AUGAGGACACUGGAGAAUCAAGGAGAGGAAUAUGGCUUCAGAAACACGUGCCCCCCAGCCAGCUCACAUGGAAACCACAAGCCUGAAAUGUUUGGUGAAUCUGCAAGCUGUUAUCCCAAUGUGGCCAAUCAUUCGUCUUUUGAUCUGCGACAAAACUAUGGAGUUCCAAAUACAAACGGAUACCAAGGAAAUCUUCAACGCACAGAAGCGCACAGUGGAGUUGUGGAGGCUCAUGAUGACCUCCUGCCUGACAUCCUGCCACAGUUGGAGGCAGCCUUCACCCAACAGGAAGAUUCGAGCUGUUCCUGGAGCGAGUCCAAUCAGGAGAGGGGACAAGACAUGAAAGCGCCUGCUGCGAGCCUCCAAGUCAAGCCCCGGAAGAAUACCAAUGGUCCUGGUAGCCAAAUCGAGAACCCGAGCCCUCCAAUGAAGAGUAGCUCAUCUUCUUCCUCUUUGUCGUCCUCCUCAUCCUCUUCCUCCUCUUCCUCCUCAAGCUCAGAGAAGUCCGAGAAGAGGACGCAAAGAAGACACAGCCACCAACAGAUGGACACACAGGAGAAGCAGGAGAAGGCCAACCGGAUAAUUUCAGAGGCUAUUGCUAAAGCCCGGCAACGUGGCGAGAAGAACAUCCCUAGAGUGAUGAGUCCAGAAUGUUUCCCUGGCUCCUCAUCACAGUAUAAGGCAUAUCGAGACCGAGGGCGAAAGGGUAACAAUAAGGCACGCACCAAAGACAAAGUCAGUCGGAAGGCUCAUAUUGUACCAUCAUCCAAAAGCAGGAAGAAGGCCAAGAUUGGAAAAAUUGUCAUCAAAAUUGGAAAGAGGAAAAAGCGGAAGCCAGAAUCUUCAGAGGAAGAGUCAGACGAGGACCCUCCCCCACGACACAACUUCAAGGAUGAUUCGAAGCGACGGUCGAAUCGGCAGAUUAAGAGGAAAAAAUAUGCAGAGGAACUGGAGACGAGGUUGUCUGAUGAUGACGUCAAGGUUAUAGUCAAAGCGAAGAAAGCCAACCCUGCUGUUCGCAAACAACCAGCUGUCCAGCUCUUUGUUGAUAAUCCCACAGAUGAGGAUGCUGCAGUUGUUGACAAAAUCAUGUCGUCCCGCACUGUAAAGAAAGAGCUUUCCCCAGAAGUUGUCGUAGAGGUGGAAGAGUAUUUUGUGAAAUACAAAAACUACUCAUACCUACACUGUGAGUGGGCAACAGAGCAGCAGCUGGAGAAGGACAAGAGGAUUCAGCAGAAGAUCAAACGCUUCAAGAUGAAACAAGCACAGAGGGCGCUCUUCUUCGCAGAUAUGGAAGAGGAGCUUUUUAACCCCGACUAUGUAGAAGUCGAUCGAGUGCUUGAGGUGUCAUAUUGUGAGGACAAAGACUCGGGCGAGGAGGUGGUAUACUACCUGGUGAAGUGGUGCUCUUUGGCUUACGAGGACAGCACCUGGGAGCUGAAGAAUGAUGUCGAUCAGAGUAAGAUAGAGGAGUUUGAGCAGCUGCAGGCAGUGAAGCCAGACUCUCGUAGGAUGGAGAGACCACCAGCCAACAUGUGGAAGAAGAGAGAGCAGUCCAGGGCAUACAAGAAUGGCAACAGCCUCAGGGAUUACCAACUUGAAGGAGUCAACUGGCUCCUUUUCAACUGGUACAACAGACGAAACUGCAUCCUGGCAGAUGAGAUGGGUCUGGGAAAAACAAUUCAGUCCAUUACAUUCCUUGAAGAAAUUCAGCGUGUAGGCAUUAAAGGCCCAUUCCUCAUCAUAGCUCCACUUUCCACCAUUGCAAACUGGGAGCGUGAAUUUCGUACCUGGACUGAUCUCAAUGUCAUCGUCUACCAUGGGAGCGUAGUCAGCCGACAGAUGCUGCAGCAGUAUGAGAUGUACUUCAGAGAUACGCAGGGACGUCCUGUGCGAGGUGCAUACAAGUUUCGAGCAGUCAUUACAACAUUUGAGAUGAUUCUUGGAGGCUGUCCUGAGCUUAACGCUAUAGACUGGCGUUGUGUUAUCAUUGAUGAGGCUCAUCGACUUAAAAACAAAAACUGCAAACUGCUGGAAGGUUUCAAGCUCAUGAACCUGGAGCACAAGGUUCUGUUGACGGGCACUCCCCUUCAGAAUACGGUAGAAGAGCUCUUCAGUCUGCUCCACUUCCUUGAGCCAUCACGCUUCCCUUCUGAAAACACCUUUAUGCAAGAGUUUGGUGACCUCAAAACUGAAGAACAGGUCCAGAAGCUUCAGGCCAUCCUCAAGCCCAUGAUGCUGCGGCGCUUGAAAGAAGAUGUUGAAAAGAAGCUUGCUCCCAAAGAGGAGACCAUCAUUGAAGUUGAACUUACAAAUAUUCAAAAGAAAUAUUACCGCGCUAUACUCGAGCGGAACUUCUCCUUUUUGGCUAAAGGCGCCGGUCAAUCAAAUAUGCCGAAUCUAGUCAACACUAUGAUGGAAUUGAGGAAGUGCUGCAACCAUCCCUACCUCAUUAAAGGCGCAGAAGAAAAAAUCUUAGAAGAUUUCAGGGAAGUCUACAGCCCCAAUGCUGCAGAUUUCCAUCUGCAAGCUAUGGUCCAGUCAGCUGGAAAACUUGUGCUCAUCGACAAAUUGUUGCCCAAGAUGAAGGCAGGGGGGCAUAAAGUGCUAAUUUUUUCUCAGAUGGUGCGAUGUCUUGAUAUUCUGGAAGACUACCUCAUUCAGAGAAGGUACCUCUAUGAACGGAUUGAUGGACGCGUUCGUGGGAAUUUACGGCAGGCUGCUAUUGAUCGCUUCAGUAAGCCUGACUCAGACCGGUUUGUGUUCCUCCUGUGUACGCGCGCUGGCGGUCUCGGCAUCAACCUCACCGCAGCCGACACCUGCAUCAUCUUCGACUCUGACUGGAAUCCUCAGAACGACCUUCAGGCCCAGGCACGCUGUCAUCGCAUCGGUCAAGACAAGGCAGUGAAGGUUUACCGGCUGAUCACAAGGAACUCCUAUGAGCGAGAGAUGUUUGACCGCGCCAGUCUCAAGUUGGGUUUGGACAAAGCCGUGUUGCAGAGCAUGAGUGGCCGAGAAAACAGUCUGGGAGGAAGUACGGGGGGAGGAGCAGUACAACAGCAACUCUCAAAGAAAGAAAUUGAGGAUCUAUUGAGACGUGGUGCCUAUGGGGCUAUAAUGGACGAAGAAGAUGAAGGAGCAAAGUUUUGUGAGGAAGACAUUGACCAGAUUCUUCAGCGCAGAACAAAGACCAUCACUAUUGAGACUGAAGGAAGGGGCUCUACUUUUGCAAAGGCUAGUUUUGUGGCAUCUGGAAACCGAACAGACAUUUCUCUAGAUGAUCCAAACUUUUGGGACAAGUGGGCCCAGAAGGCUGACGUUGAUAUGGAUAUGGUUAAUGGCAGAAACAGUUUAGUGAUAGAUACUCCUCGUGUAAGAAAGCAGACAAGGCCAUUUAGUUCUACCAAGGAUGAAUUGGCAGAGCUUUCAGAAGGUGACAGUGAUAGUGAUGAAACUAAACCCAAACUACGAAGAACCUAUGACCGCCUUAACAGCUAUGGUCGCACAGAGUGCUUCAGGGUUGAGAAGAACCUUCUUGUUUAUGGUUGGGGCAGAUGGAAGGAUAUUCUCAACCAUGGUCGAUUUAAGAAGCAGUUGACUGAGCGGGAUGUAGAAACAAUUUGCAGGGCAUUAUUGGCCUACUGCCUGGUUCACUACCGUGGAGACGAUAGGAUCAAAGGCUUCAUGUGGGACCUAAUUGCUCCUACAGAGGAUGGACAGACCAAGGAACUGCAGAAUCAUUUAGGUCUGUCGGCUCCUGUUCCAAGAGGACGAAAAGGCAAAAAAAUGAAAACACAAUCAAGUUCGUUUGAUAUACACAAGGCAGAGUGGCUUCGGAAACACAAUCCAGAGUACAUGCUGCAAGAUGAUGGCUACAAAAAACACCUCAAACACCACUGCAACAAGGUGCUGCUCAGGGUCAGAAUGCUUUACUACCUGAAGCAAGAGGUGAUCGGAAGUCAAGGCCAAAGGCUGUUAGACGGUGCUGACGCAAGUGAGAUAAAAAUCUGGGUGCCAGAGCCGGACAAUUCAGAACUCCCAGCUGUUUGGUGGGACCCCAUCUCUGACAAGUGCCUGCUGCUGGGGGUUUUCAAACAUGGGUAUGAAAAGUACAACACUAUACGCGCAGACCCCACGCUUUGCUUUCUAGAUCGUGUUGGCCGACCAGAUGAGAAGGCAAUUGCUGCUGAACAAAGAGGCAAUGAUUUUAUGGAUGGAGAUGUGGAUGAUCCAGAAUAUAAGCCAGCUCCCACUUUGUUGAAAGAUGAAAUGGAGGAUGAUGCAUCUUCACCUGGAGAUCUUGUUGUUGUUGAAACCCUUGGAGAUGCUGCCCCAUUGACCUCCGAGGGGAGCAGUGCAUACUGGCCUUCCUCCUCUACACUCACAGCACGAUUGAGACGGCUCAUCACAGCCUCUCAACGUUUCACCAAAAGCCGACAAAUCCUCCACAUCCACCAGACCCAGUCUCAGGCUCAGCCCUCACUGGUCCUGCCCACAGCUGCCUGCCCACUGCCUCCUUCUCUUGGCGACGCUCUCAACCCAAAAAUGGCUGCCAAGAUUGAACGUCAGCAAAGAUGGACAAGACGUGAGGAAGCAGACUUCUAUCGCGUUGUAUCCACUUUUGGUGUUGUUUUUGAUCCGACCAUUGGACGGUUUGACUGGACCAAGUUCAGGGCUAUGGCUCGACUGCACAAGAAAACUGAUGAAAGCUUGCAGAAAUACUUGUGCGCGUUCACGGCAAUGUGCAGAAGAGUUUGCCGCCUGCCACCAAAGGAAGGAGACUCUGCUGUGGACCUCUCUCUGAAUAUCCAACCAAUCACUGAGGAACGGGCGUCCCGUACCCUUUACCGCAUAGAGCUGUUGCGACAGGUUAGGGAGCAGGUUCUCCGUCAUCCAUUACUGUACGAGCGCCUGUCACUCUGCCAGGUGAGCUCUGACCUCCCUGUGUGGUGGAAGCCUGGGACUCAUGAUCGGGACCUACUGAUUGGAGCUGCUAAACACGGGGUCAGCCGUACAGACUACCACAUCCUGAGGGACCCAGAGCUCAGUUUCAUGGCCUCACAACGCAGUUAUAGCCAGAGUAAAGCACAGCAGCCGUUGCCCACAUCUACACAACCUUCGCAGCUUCACCUGAUGGCCUCCGUCGCCGCACCAAUAGGAUCUCCUCUGGCCUUGCCUCAAUCAAGCGAGCCUACAGGGGGACCACCUAAAGUGGAGCCCAAACAGGAACCUCCUACUGAGGGUGAAGAGAGCAGAGAAAAGCCUGCCGGUCAGGGUUGGACCACAAACCAUGCACCUGGUGUCACCACAGCAGUGAAACUUGAGUCGGAGAUGGGGGAAGACAGUGACUGUGAUGGAGAAGAAGGGAAAAAGAAAGUUCCUGUAACAACAACUGUCAAGGGGUUUGAUGAGGACAGUGUGGCAUCGUUGACCAUGACCCAGGAUGAUCCACACGACGCUAAUGUUGCUAAUGGCAGCCACUCCCAUCCGUUUCAGGGAGGGGGGUAUUCGAUGGCUGUAUCGUACUGGCCUAAGGACCGUGUGAUUAUCAACCGGUUGGACAGUGUGUGUCAGGCUGUGCUGAAGGGCAAGUGGCCCGGCAUUCGCAGAGUCUACGAGCCGGGAUGUUCUGUGGCUUCUUUCUACACUACAAAGCUGAUGGAAACUGUGGGCAGUGCUUCUGAGGAUCCCUCAGCCUCUCCACAACGGUCAAAGCAGGAGGGAGGUUUGAAGCUGACCUUUCAGAAACAGGGACUUCCUGUGAAGAGGCCCCUGGACUCUGAAGAAGGGCCCCAGGCCCAGCAGCAGUACUUAGCUCGACUUCAGGAGCUGCAAAAUGCCUCAGACACAGGUCUGACUGACAUUAGCCAGCCGCAGUACAGCUAUCAGAAUGUGUCUGCAAGUGUUUCUAGUCACAUGUUGAAUGGAGCUGUGGAGGGCCAGCCAAUGGUGAAAAAACGCAGAGGGAGAAGGAAAAAUGUUGAGGGAAUGGACCUGCUUUUCAUGAAUCGAAGCAGAACAGCAGCUGAUCUUGAUCAGGUGCCCCCUGGGUGGGGAGGUAUUGGCCAGGUGGGUCUACAAGUUGCACCUUUGCCUGGAUACAGCCAGAGCUCUGCUGACUCUGAGAGCAGAGUUCCUGUCAUAAACCUCAAAGAUGGUACCAGGCUUGCUGGAGAUGAUGCUCCCAGGAGAAAAGAUUUGGAGCAGUGGCUAAAGGAACAUCCAGGCUUUGUGGCAGAUACUGGGGCAUUUAUUCCAGCAGUGAAUAAAAUGCAGAUGCAGUUUCAUUUCCAGGAUGGGCGUCCUAAACAAAAGAGGCACAGAUGUCGAAAUCCAAAUAAGAUAGAUGUUCACAGUUUGACUGGAGAAGAACGUGUCCAAAUCAUCAACAGACGAAAUGCACGAAAGAUUGGUGGAGCAUUUGCCCCUCCUUUGAAGAAUUUGUGUCGAUUCCUUCAGGAGAACCCGGAGUAUGGGGUUCCACCAGAAUGGGCAGAUGUCGUCAAACAGUCGGGUUAUCUACCCGAGAGCAUGUUUGACAGGAUCCUUACUGGGCCCAUCGUUCCAGAAGAAGUCAGUCGUAGGGGAAGGCGACCCAAAAAUCCUCUGGCAAGAGCAACAGCAGCAGUACCAAAGCAGACGCCUUCCUCUUUGGGCCUGAGCCCUUUGUUAACGAACGGUCUCCUUCCGGGAGUGGACCUGGGCAGCCUCCAGGCCUUUCAGCAGAACCUGCAGUCUCUGCAGCUCACUGCUGGUCUCAUGGGGCUUCCAUCUGAUGCUAGCAACAUGGCAGCCAACAAUUUUGCAGCUGUGUUUCCCAUGAUGCUGUCUGGCGUACCAGGCUUGCCUAAUGUACUGAGCGUUGGUGGCCUGGUGGGUAAGGAGGCUGCUGCAGGUGCUGAGGGACAAGGACAAGGUAAUGUCAGUGUUGGGCUUCAGCAGGCGAAAGAAGAAAGGACAGAGGCUUCCAACACAUCACCUUCGAACUCAAACACCACUUCCCCUGGCUCUCCAAACUCGCUGUCACUCAACCCUUUGUUACUGUCCAGUAUGAUUUAUCCAGGGAUGCUUCUUACUCCAGGCCUUAACCUCUCUGUGUCCGCCACACAGAGCACUGACAAAGACCCUGUUCCCCCAUCAACCUCUGCAGCACCACAGGACACCAAACAGCUAGUGGCCUUGAAAGAUGAAAAGGACAAAGUUGACAGUGAGACACAGGAGGAAGAUGAGGAGGAUUUGAAUGAACAAAAAGACAUCAGUGGUCCGGAAGCGGAACGCCAACAUCUUACAGCAUUUACUUGUUUUUACUGUGUCACCAUGACGACCUGUUCUAUUGAGCAUCAGAAGUGGCAGGUGUUGGGUCCCAGUGAUGCUCUGAUCAACAAGUUGAGAGCUUUCCCCACUGACCACACUGAGGAGAUGAAAUCUUACUUAAACUGCCUGCUCAGUACAUUUAUGGAAUCAUUAAAGAGCACCAUAUCUGAAGAGAAGACUCUUGUGCGAGCAGAAAAGUGUUGUUUUAAGGCCAAAGAGAGGUAUUAUAAGAUACUGGAGAGCUUUCUGCUGAAUAAGGAUCUCACCAAUGUUGCAGUUAGUUUAUCAGAAACAAAGUCAUUUCAAUGCAGUUUGGUGCUGUGCUGUUUGGAGAUGGCCUUCUACACCAACAAGCUAGCAUAUAAUUUCACCCCAUUACUUGAGCGUUUUGAUUUGGCAGCAUACGAUCUGUUUAAGGCUGUGUAUGUGGUGUUGUGUACUCAAGUUGACUUGACAUCUGAUAUCAAAAAACAUCUUGAAAACGUUGUUGCCUUGAUUAUUGAGAAGUUGGCUUGGACACAAAAGUCUCCACUCUGGGAAGAAAUCAGCACAAAUGAGGGACGACUACCCACCUGCCAACAGGUCAUGUCUCCUGAAGAACUUGAGGGUCCAGUGGCAAUGACGCAGUUGGACCAUGACACAAAUCUUACCAUCACUGAUUCCACUACUGAUGAUCAGAAGUCUACCUUAAACAGACCCCACAGAAGGAGAUUUAUACAUCCAUUUACACGUGGGGUUUAUUGGUCUGUACAUAACAGUCUGAGUCGGCUUUGCUCCAUGCUGAAGCUGCAGGAUGAGCAGCAACAGAAGAUUUGGACUUGUUUUGAGUACUCUCUGGUCCAUCACUUUGACCUGCUGAGAGACCAGCAUGUGGACUGGCUGCUACUGUGUGCCAUUCACAGCAUGACCAAGGUCGCUGAACGUGAAAUUCCUUUAAGGCUAAUUAUUAACUGCUACAAGUCAUUGCCAAAGAAAAAUAUAGAUGCCAUGGAGAUGCUUAAAGGGAACUCGGCAAUAUCCCUGGAACAAGAACAUAACAAAGACAGGAUCCUCACCCCAAGCUCCCCAUCACUCAAAGACCCAGAGUGUGACCAGAUCUCCUGUUUCUAUAGUCGAGUCUACGCACCUAUCAUGGGACAAUUUCUGAAAAAGUUUCGACCAACUCCUGGGGUUGAGACUCCACCUCUGUCGCCAUACCCCACUCCACCCUCGACCCGUAAACGCAGAGUUUGUGACCAUUUGAAUGUGUUUGUGUCUCAAUGGAACAAACAAACUGCUUCACCAGCGCUUGAAGGAAUGUGCUAUGACUUUCACUCCAGUCCGUCACAGUGCCUUCGUGACAUAAAUUCUGCGAUCAAAUCUCAUGGGAAUCCUCAGAAGCGAAGAAGACUGCAGCUGGAUGAAGGCAGUGAUGGUGGCCCGUCAGCGAACAGUCUGCAGAAGAGGAUCCUGGCUGUGCAGCACGAUCGAGCGCAACUGAACAGAAACCAGAAGAUCGCCCUACAACUGCUGGGUCCACUAAAGAGACAUGUCCAGCUCAAGAGGAGAGCAAUGGGACAGCGGAGAAGGAGCAGGCGGCUGUGGAAGACGAGAGUGCCAGCUGAGAACGACGUAUAUGCUCAAAAUAUGGGCCUGUCCCGACUGAAACGGGUCCUCAAAGCGAGCACCAUCCAAGAAUGCAACAACUGA